AUGAGAAAACUCUCACCAUCUGCUGAAAUUGGUGUUGUUGAAGCAGAAAAUUCAUCACCAACAGUGAUCAAUGGUCAGGCUGAAAAAGAUGAUUUCUCUCCGACAAGUUCAAACGAGAACAAUGGUCUAUUUAUUGAUGAUAUUAUUUUUGAAAUUCUUCAUUUCCUGGAUUCGUUGUUUAUCAUUCAAAUUUGUAUGAAAAUUUCAAAACAAUGGCGACAAAUAUCAUUUCAAAUUCCUCUCUCAUUAUCCUUCAAACGAAAUCACUUCAAACAACAUCGUGAAUCAAUUAUACUUUUAGCUGAUUGUGAAUGUUUGAAAAAUUUGACUUCUUUGAAUCUUAGUGUCAAUGAAAUUGGUAACGAAGAUGCUAAAUAUAUUGCUGACAGUGAGUGGUUGAAGAAUUUGGCUUCUUUGAAUCUACGUAGCAAUGAAAUUAGCGGUGAAGGUGCCAAAUAUAUUUUCACAAGUGAAUCGUUGAAAAACUUGACUUUUUUAGAUCUGGAAUGGAACAGAAUUGGUAAUGAAGGUGUUAAGUACAUUGUUGAAAGUGAAUGCUUGAAGAAUUUGACUUCUUUGAAUCUGAGUCACAAUGAAAUCAGCAAUGAAGACGUCAAAUAUAUUGCCGAAAGUGAAUCGUUGAAGAGUUUGACUUCUUUAGCUCUGGAAUGGAAUAGAAUUGGCAAUGAAGGUGUGAAGUGUAUUGCUGAAAGUGAAUGCUUGAAGAAUUUGACUUCUUUGAGUCUCUAUAACAAUGAAAUUGGCAAUGAAGGUGUCCAAUAUAUUUCUAAUAGUGAAUCAUGUAAGAAUUUGAUUUUUUUAUGUCUGAGUGACAAUGAAAUUGGAAAUGAAGGUGUCAAACAUAUUGCUACAAGUGAAAGGUUGAAGAAUUUGACUUCUUUGGAUCUAAGUGGUAAUCAAGUUGGCAAUGAAGGAGUUAAAUAUAUUGCUACAAGUGCGAGGUUGAAGAAUUUGACUUUUUUAGAUCUGGAAUGGAAUAGAAUUGGCAAUGAAGGUGUUAAGUACAUUGCUGAAAGUGAAUGGAUGAAAAAUUUGACUUCUUCGGAUCUUAGUAGCAAUGAAAUUAGCAGUGAAGGAGUUAAAUAUAUUGCUACAAGUGAGAGGCUGAAGAAUUUGACUUUUUUGGAUCUGGGUCACAAUGAAAUUGGUAAUGAAGGUGUUAAGUACAUUGCUGAAAGCGAAUGGUUGAAGAAUUUGUCUUCUUUGGAUCUACGUAGCAAUGAAAUUAGUGGUGAAGGUGUUAAAUAUAUUGCCGAAAGCGAAUCAUUGAAGAGUUUGACUUUUUUAGAUCUGGAAUGGAACAGAAUUGGUAAUGAAGGUGUUAAGUACAUUGCUGAAAGUGAAUGCUUGAAGAAUUUGACUUCUUUGGAUCUACGUAGCAAUGAAAUCAGCAAUGAAGGUGUCAAAUAUAUUGCUGAAAGUGAAUCGUUGAAAAAUUUGACUCAUUUGAAUCUGGUUAGCAAUGAAAUUGGCAAUGAAGGUGUGAAGUAUAUUGCUGAAAGUGAGUGGUUGAAAAAUUUGACUUCUUUGGAAUUGAAUAAGUUGACGCAAUAG